AUUUUAGGGCACUUUCCGCGAACUCUUCAGAAAAUUUUCUCGCUAGCCAAACACACCCAACGGAAAAUAACGAGAGUCUGAGGGAAAAGUUUUGAACUUUUUUGCGUUGGGUGUUUUUGUUUUUAGGGAAUCGCCAUGAAUGGCGAGAGGGAUGAAGUAUUGGAAGAGGCGAAGGAGAGGUUAGUGUACAUGUGGGGUUACUUGCCGGGAGCCUUACCUCAGAGGACGCCGCUGUUGACGCCGGUCGUCGUUAGGGUUCCGGCGUCUAGUUACUCCUGGAGGGAUGUUUGCGGUGGUGGUUGUGGAUUCGCCAUGGCUAUAGCUGAGCCAGGAAAGCUCAUAACAUGGGGUUCAACAGAUGAUCUAGGCCAAAGCUAUGUCACCUCUGGCAAGCACGGGGAAACUCCUGAGCCUUUCCCUCUUCCAACUGAAGCGUCUAUUGUAAAAGCUGCUGCUGGAUGGGCCCAUUGUGUUUCUGUAACGGAUUGUGGAGAAGUUUACACAUGGGGAUGGAAGGAAUGUAUUCCCUCUGGGAAGGUAUUUGGUGAACCAUCAACAGGGGUAAGUCCCGACAAAGAUGUACCAGGAAGGCAGAGUUCAUUCUUGACGGAGCAAGUUAGCCCUCGUUCUCAAGGCUCAAAAUCUGCUGGAGGAACUGCCACCAGUACCAGUGGUGAAGAAAGUACAAAGAGAAGGAGAGUAUCUUCAGCAAAGCAAACAGCGGAAACCUCGUCAUCUGGUGAUGAUAUUCUGACUGCAUUGCCAUGUCUUGUCACACUAAACCCAGGGGUAAGGAUAGCAUGUGUUGCUGCAGGUGGACGCCAUACCCUAGCAUUGUCAGUGUCAGAUAUAGGACAGGUGUGGGGUUGGGGCUAUGGAGGUGAAGGGCAGCUUGGUUUAGGUUCCAGAGUACGUAUGGUGUCCUCUCCUCAUCUUGUUCCUUGUAUUGAUUCCUCUUCUUAUGGUAAAGAUAUAUCUGCAUCACUUGCUCGAGGAAGCAUGAGUUCAGAGGAACAUAAUUUUAGAGUUCCUGGAAGUUAUGUGAAGGGAAUUGCCUGCGGAGGUCGACACAGUGCAGUAAUCACAGAUGCUGGAGCUGUGCUUGCUUUUGGUUGGGGACUUUAUGGACAGUGUGGGCAAGGAAGUACGGACGAUGAAUUGAGCCCGACUUGCGUAUCAUCCUUACUGGGUAUCCGAAUAGAGGGAGUUGCAGCAGGACUAUGGCAUACUGUCUGUCUAUCUGCUGAUGGUGAUGUAUAUGCAUUUGGUGGAAACCAGUUUGGGCAGCUGGGAACUGGUGCUGAUCAAGCUGAGACUCUACCAAGGCUACUGGAUUCUCCGAGCUUGGAAAAUAUGAAUGCAAAGAGUAUAUCUUGUGGGGCUCGUCACACUGCUCUAAUAACAGAAAAUGGAAAAGUCUUCUGCUGGGGAUGGAACAAAUAUGGACAGCUGGGCCUUGGGGAUGUGGUUGACCGUAACAUUCCUUCUGAAGUCACCAUGGAAGGUUGUGUAGCUAAAAACGUUGCAUGUGGUUGGUGGCAUACUCUUCUUUUGGCCGAAUCACCCACUUGAUGUCAUGUCUUCCUCGAGGCUCUUGACCCAAUUUUGUUAGUUAGCAGUUCUUCUGAUUGGUAAAUCAUGGAGUUAUAUGUGUAUGUACAUACAGUAGCGGUAUACAUAUGCAUAUAGGCUUGUAUUCUUUCAUGGCGUGAAUCACCAUGACUCGCUCUAGCGUUUAACAAAUAGUAAUUUAUGGUCUGGGAAGGAAAUAUUUUGUCCUUUUCAUCUAUGUAACAUUUUUGUUCAUAGUGUAAAUUUUAUUUUAAUUGUAUAAACUGUCCAGUGUGUUUAGAUACACUUGAUGUUGGUACAGUGGCACCUGGCAUGUAGUUGUCGGGUUAUGGCUAUAUAUAUGGACAAGAUAUUGUACUUACCUUUUUUUUAUGACUAUCUUUCCUACUUAUUUCUAACAUUAUUAUAUU